UUUCCACACAAAGUUCCAAACUUGUUUUCCCCAAAAAGAAGCAAAGCACACAAAAACUAACCUCUCUCUCUCUCUCAGCCCUGCGGUGGUUACCGGUGCUCCGAGAAGCUCACCGGAAAUAUACUGCAACAUGAAGAUUAACGUGAAGACCCUUAAAGGAACUCACUUUGAAAUCCAAGUGCAACCCCAAGACACGGUUGCUGAUGUGAAGAGAAAUAUAGAGAGAGAACAAGGUGCUGAAGUUUAUCCAGCUGCACAACAAAUGCUUAUUCAUCAGGGGAAAGUGCUUAAGGAUGACACAACCCUUGAAGACAAUAAAGUUGCUGAGAAUAGUUUUGUGGUGAUCAUGCUAUCUAAGAGCAAGGUAUCAUCAGGUGAAGCCUCAACUGCAUCAUCUGCAUCUGCAAAACAGGCAGCUGAACCGGCGAGUUCUUUGCCUCCCACUUCAUUGCCAUCCACAACAUCUCAACCUCCUGCUUCAACUGUAGGACAGGGAGUAUCCAAUUCUGAGCAAAAUCCUGUUACAACUCCUGCCAGUGAUGUGGCCGGCAUUUAUGGCCAAGCAGCAUCAAACCUCAUUUCAGGAAGCAAUUUAGAAUCGACUAUUCAACAGAUUCUAGACAUGGGGGGAGGUAGUUGGGAUCGAGAUACUGUUAUCCGUGCUCUUCGUGCAGCGUUUAACAAUCCUGAAAGAGCUGUUGAGUAAGCUGAAGUACCAGCAGUUGCCAGAACCCCCGCUAUUGGGCAGGCAGCAAACCCUUCAGGUGAGGCUCAGGGUCAAGCUCAGGUUGCACCUACUGGUGGGCCCAACACCAACCCACUCAACCUCUUUCCCCAGGGUAUUCCCGAUAUGGGUGCAAAUGAAAAUGCGGGCGACUUGGAUUUCCUGCGGAACAGUCAACAGUUCCAAGCCCUGAGAGCGAUGGUGCAAGCAAAUCCCCAGAUUUUGCAGCCCAUGCUUCAGGAAUUGGGUAGACAAAAUCCACACCUAAUGCAGCUUAUCCAAGAGCAUCAGGCUGAUUUCUUACGCUUGAUAAAUGAACCUGAUGGAGAAGAGAAUCUACCAAGUGAGUUGGCUUCUGCAGUGCCCCAGACCAUCACUGUCACCCCAGAAGAGAAUGAGGCUAUUCAAAGGCUUCAAGAUAUGGGAUUUGAUAGAGAUCUUGUGUUGGAGGUGUUCUUUGCAUGCAACAAAAACGAGGACCUGGCAGCCAACUAUCUUUUGGAUCACCUGAAUGAAUUUGAAGACUAAGAAGAUGGUUCUGUUUCAUCUUCACCAGCUAUGCUCCUUUGAUGUCGUUGCUUAUCAUCUGAACUCUUUGGAGAAGUGGCAAUGUCAAUACUUAUUUGCUUAGCUUUAUUAUUGAUCCUCGUGAACCAUACUGCCUGUAGAUUAUUAAUUUCAGACCAUUGACUGGAAAAUAUAGAUGCCAAGAAAUCGAUAGGUGCUUUUAUUCUUCUGCA